CCCCGCCCCUUCAGGCCAGGUCGCCGCAGGCGCCGGAAGUGCCCUGCUCUUUUUUGCUAGUUCCCGCCCGUGUUCCGGAAAUACUUUCUCGGGAAGAUGGCGGCUGUGUCGGUCUAUGAGUCCCCGGUCGGAGGUUUCUCUUUUGAUAACUGUCGCAGAAAUGCCGUCUUGGAAGCUGAUUUUGCGAAGAAAGGGUACAAGCUUCCAACGGCCCGGAAGACUGGCACGACCAUCGCGGGGGUGGUCUAUAAGGAUGGCAUAGUUCUUGGAGCAGAUACAAGGGCAACUGAAGGGAUGGUUGUUGCUGACAAGAACUGUUCAAAAAUACACUUCAUAUCUCCUAACAUUUAUUGUUGUGGUGCUGGGACAGCUGCAGACACAGACAUGACAACCCAGCUCAUUUCUUCCAAUUUGGAGCUCCACUCUCUCUCCACUGGCCGCCUUCCCAGGGUUGUGACGGCCAAUCGGAUGCUGAAGCAGAUGCUUUUCAGGUAUCAAGGUUACAUUGGUGCAGCCCUAGUUUUGGGGGGAGUAGAUGUUACUGGACCUCACCUCUACAGCAUCUAUCCUCAUGGAUCAACUGAUAAGUUGCCUUAUGUCACGAUGGGUUCUGGUUCCUUGGCAGCAAUGGCUGUGUUUGAAGAUAAAUUUAGGCCAGAUAUGGAGGAAUUUAUUGGCAGAGUUAUCACUGACCGCUGGAGAGAGAGAAAUAUUAUGAAGAUCUUAUUACUACCUGGGGCAACUUGGUUUUCAUUUGGAGGAUUGUUGAGCAUAUUUCUUACUCUUUCUUUAAAUCCAGUCUUGUUUUUUUCUCUGAUUAUAUUUGAUUCACUGCAGCCUUGGAAAUAUAUAUUUGUAUACACAUAUGCUGUGAACGCUGAUUUCUUCUUCUUGCAGAAAGCAAUAUGUUCCUGUCUCUCUUGGUCCUUUUCCCUCUGGAAGCUUAGGUGUUUUUCCUUCCAUUCACAGUCUCAGAAUCCAGCAAGACCUCUUGCUCCCCACUGAUUUUCCUGUGGCGGGAUAGGAGCACCUAGGCUUUGGUGAUGCAAGGCACUGACCUGGCACCCAUCCCUGACUCCCAGUCAGACACGGCCGUGUGCCAUGAGUGCGUCAGCCAGCCUUUCUGGAGCCUCAGUUUCCUCUGCUCUCAGGCGACGAUGAGGAGGGUUAACUAAGUAAUGUAAACAUUUGGCUCAGACCCAGGGACGUGGUGGGUUCCCCUGUUUUCUCACACCCUGGCCUCUCCUUCUACCCUAGAACUUGCUAACAAUUCUGUUUGUAAAAUCUGUGCGUCGGGGACGUUUCUGUCCCUUUAUUCCUCCCAACAGCCCCUGGACAGAGGCAUUAACUCUGUUCUUCCAACAGGCACCCCGUGGCUCCCAGAGUUCAGUGCCGUGUCCGUCAGUGACCCAGCUGUCCUGGCUUUUCUCUUUCCGUAGUGGCAGCUUCUGGCCCCUUUUGGCUCUGCAGCCUCAGACCUCUCUUCUCCUGGCCCUGAGUUGUGAUCAGGCUCUUGCAUCCUUCAGUGAUCUGGGACAGGCCAGCUUGGCAGUGGCGUUGUUGGUAGUUCCUUGAAUGUGAACACCCCUUCCCAUCCCUGCUGAAAACCUCUGAAAUCACUCCUGCACUCCCCGCAGGUUGGUCCUUCCCUGUUUGCAUCACCCGGGUCCUGGGUGCCCAAACAGCUGUGGGGGAAAGAAUUGGCAGCACCCUGUAGACCUUAAAGACACAGUCACUGCCUCGCUCCCCACCAGCUGCACCUCAGUUAUGCCUGACAACCCGCAGGAUCACACCGGCGGGCCGGGCCCCGUGGACCCCAACAGCUCGAGCCACAACCAAAACUUGGACACCUUUGCUUUUGUCACAUAGCCCAGUCUGAAAAAAAAUUAACCUUUUCCACCGUAAAAUAUGUGGCUACACGGGGGGUACGUCACAUCUGUUACACAGUGCGGGAAGCAUUCUGCUUGUGGUGGGGGGGACUGUUUUAAAGACUUUUUUGAGCUCUUUAAAUUUUAUUCAGCCAUCAGCCACAAAUGACUCCUUCAGGCUGCAUCAGUGGCAUAGGCAGAACCUUGGCGUGUCCACAGGUCACUGUGGAACGUUAUGUUUAAACCUCUUCCUCUCACGUGUUUAAGGGUCUUUGAGUGCUCUUGUUCCCUGGUCCCCAGUUGGGACUGGUGCACUUCUGGAACUAUCCCUUUUGGUCUGAUCUGUCUCAUAACUCAUUUCAUCUCUGAGUUUGGCAAAGCCACGAAUGCGUUUGAAGUUGGUGUUUCAUGUUUUCAUUCGUCGACAUCCGCACCAAGCCCCGUGCUAGCAGCCUGGGAUCCGGGGAUGGAGACGGGGUGAUUUUGGUCCUUUCGUUUGAACCCAGGCUCUCACCACACACCUGGACUUGUAAUCUUUUCGGCUGCGGAUCAUCAGAGCAAUAGCAGUUUUUGCCAUUUCGAGAAAAUCGAAGUGACAAAAGAUAAUGCAGGUUUCCCAAGAUGAAUUUGGACUGCUUCAGUUCUCUUUGGCUAAAAUUCUUAGUUUUUAGUAAAGGAGCAAACUGUCAUGAACUAAAUGGUCCUUGCAGAUUUCCUAGCAAACAGGAAAAGUGACGGAAGCUGUGAGAGAGUUCAGCUGUGUCGCCAUCCACAGCUCUCCCCGGAGCAGAGGUAGGACAGCCACUGUCCCCUGACUCCCUUGGGACGGUGGGGUGGAGGGCAAAGGGAGGCACCUGCGGUACCCCAAAGCCAGGAGAGCCAGGGCAGCCCUGUUCUUCGUGAAGAAGGCUGAGUGUUUCUUCCUUUUUCAUUCAGUGCCUCAGCCACACAAACGGGCCAAGUUUCCCGGUAAAUAACCCAUUGCAUUUCUUUCUCAAUUCUUAAAAAAGUUCUAGGUCAAGUCAGCUGUUUCGGAUGGCUUGCCAUCACAGGUGCUCUCACACUCCAAAGCCGUAUCUAAAAGUAGUGUGCCAGGGUUUCCAUCAGAUGCACAUUUAAUGUUUCGCCCGCCCCUAAUGCAUGUAAAACGCUGCUCAGCACGCGUAACUGAAUGGUAGAACGUAGAGGGUUUAUUUAAAGGGUAGUAAUUUGAUGCUGAACUGUCCAGGGUGCCCAUUGGCUGGGGCACCUGCAUUUUCCUCUGGCGACAUUCCCAAUCUAAAAAUCACUUAAGUGGGAAGAGAAAUUCGAUUGUAGCCGUAGGCAAGGAUAAUGUGGAAAAGUUUCUUUGCAGUACUAUUUUGGACCUGCACCAUAGUGGAUGCCGAGGUAAUCUAUCAGUUUGUGAGUGUCUACAAAAUGCAACUCUCUAGAUAACAGGUUUAAAGUAAAGAUUUAAUACAGUCUCCAUCUCCUAUGAUGUUGCAGUGACAGUUUAAAACUCAUUCUCUAAAUCUCAGCAGACUUUAUAGCUAGCAGUGGGCCAAUAUAAAGUUUAAUGGCAUUACAACACAUAAAUCAUCUUUUAAAGAUGCUACUAGUAGCUCCAAUAUUAAAUGCAGACAAUCGCCUGUGUUAUAAAUAAUUUAUCAAACACCAUUUCAGAUUAGCCUUCCAUGCUGAGUUAUUUAUUUUAGCCUUUUCUGUACGAUUCCUAAGGCACUUUUUGAAAGAUCCAUUACUGGUCAGUUUAAUGAACUUGGGGGUCUGUUUUGUCCCCUCAAGCACUCGGGUACAGCUGUGGUGACCAUUACAUGGCCGACGUGGACCUCUUUGUGCCUUUUACAAGUGCUGCCCAUUUGUCAUGUAGCGGUAAAUGGAGCUGCACAUUGGAGUCGAGGGACACAUUGCACGAUGCAGUGAUGGAGACAAACAGAUAGCUCUAUAAAGUGCUGCUUGUCACAGCUGACUUGUAGUACAGUACAUCACUCUUAUUGUAAUCUCAUUUAAGAAGCCGGGGUGGCCCGGGGGACUGAUAUUCCCAGUUAGUUUGGUCUUUGUAGCCAUAAAGCAGGAAGUGCUCCUUUUAUAUUCUCUGAACUUUUAGGGAGUGUGCUUUUUGCUUGGAUUAAUUAUUACAGGAACUUCUUCACAGAACUGGGUGCAGAUUCGUCAGCAGGUUUGUUUGGACCUCCUUCUCCUGGCCUGGGGUCUGGUCCAGGCGGUUGCUGCUUAGAGAUAAACGGUCUCUGUGCUUCCAGGAGCCCUCUGGCUUGCUUCAUUAAAUAAGUUGCCUUUUAUUAAGCAACAGCUAUAUGCCAGACACUAUAAUAGGUGCUUUCUAUACCUUAUUUCUAAUUCUUGCAGAAGUCCUGUGGUAAAUCCUAAUUUGUCAUCACCGUACUACAGGGAGGGGAGAGUAAACUCAGAGAGGUGAAGUGACUUGUCUAUGUUUGCAUAGCAGUAAGUAAGAAACGGGGUUCAGACCCAGUCUUUCUGCCUCCACCUCUGCCAGGUUAACUUUUAAUCACCAGGUGGUGGUGUUUUGGCUGAGGGUCUCAAAGUAAAAGGAAGCAGCCAUUGGGCCAGAGGGCCAUUUUUCCGGAAGCCAGGAUGAGUCCUGCUGGUUGGUGUGCACACUGAAUCCAAGUUCCCCUGUGACUAGCAACGUAAAUCCAUGAGCAGCUGGCUGGGGGAGGACGCCGGCCUGGCAGUGGGAAAGAGCAUGGCACCUGGGCCUGACCAGCUGGGGUCACGGGCUCUGCAGGGUCCUCGUCAGAGCCCCUCUGUAGCAGCUGUCCCUGGGCAGAUGCUCCUCAGAACACAGGUUAUCCCACGGCUUCCAGAAAAGGGAGCUGCAAUUUCUCUAUGAAGAAUGAAUCCUAAAGGAAGAAACGGUGCUUCCUGCAUUUAUUGUGGGCCAGAGAUGGAUAAAAAUGUGGUGUUUUCCCCAGCUCUUGCUUUUAGUUUGUGGUUCUUCUCGAUGGUAUUCUUAAAUAUUUGGUAGAACUUGUUAAAGACAAGAGUUGUUUAAUUGUGAAACUCCACUAUAAAGAAAACACAGUAUGAAUAUGCCCAGUAGCAUAUUUGCAUAUGUGUCUAGAAUUUGAGUAUGGAAAUACAGUGGUAAAAGAGUCUUCGACAUACGAAGCAUUUCCUGGAACAUAGUAGGUGUCUUUUAAAUAUUUGUUGAAGACAUUAACUGUGUAAGUAACGGGUAGACAACAAGUCCUUGGUAAUUUUCACCCUGUUCGCCUUUUGACAGGUUUUGGGGGGGGGUGGGGAACAUGGGAAAUAAGACAUGGCUUCUUAGUACUGAUCUCUACCAUAUUAUUACAGUAUAGAAAUGUGUAAGGCGUUGUCUGUGGGCAAGGGUUGUGGGCAAGGUGCUCCCCCACCAGUUGUGGAAAUGACCACUGGAGAACUGCUAGUUGGCCCAGAGAUUAGUUGGCAGCCACCAUCCUUCUCUUGAACAUCCCCGGCUUCCAAAGAUCCUAGGUGAUUGAGGAGUGACAUACCCCGAGUCAGGGAACCUGCUGUCCACUGUCCCUAAGUCACCAAGCAGUCCCCAGCCCCCAGCUGAGCAGGUUACUUGUGAGCUGGUGUGGUGCUGUGGCAUUCUGGCUCUGAAGUCCAGUGGACCUGUUUUACUGGUUACUAGCUUGGUGACCGUGGGCAGGCCAUUCACCCUCUCAGCUAUAGUUUCUUUUCAGUACUAACUUCAGAAGAGGGUGAAGGGCAGAGGUAAAAACGAUGAUUGGCAGUCUGCCUGACUCAGCACUUGACACGUUGUAGUUGGUGCUCAAUAAAAUGUAAGGUUCAUUCCAUUUCAUGGCAGCUUCAGUCCUGUGUACAUGAGAUGGGGGUGGGACUGGAAAGAAGAUUGCAGGCUUGUGAGAUUUUCUUCCUUAAGGAAUUAUCUUCUCUAGAAUUGGUGGGGAGGAGAAGAAUUUAAAAGGCAUAUUUUCUCAAUUUUUAAAAGCCUUUUAUACUUAAACCAUAGCACACACGAUAAUUUAUCAAUAAAUCAAGCUAUACAUAGUACAUUUUGUACAUUUUUAAGUUAUUUAAGUUCAUCUAUUUACAUUACAGAAUAUUUGCAAAAUAGAGGCAGAUUCACCUGUGAUCUCUGCACUGUCGCAUUCUGGUAUCUGUGUGCCCAGUUUAAUUCAUGGACAUUAGAUAUGCAUGCCUGAUAUCAUGGGUAGAUCUCCGUUUCCUCGAAGUCUUCCCCCAUCCCCGUCCCCAAAAUCUGCAUUCAGUCCUGAGUGCUGCCAGUAGGGUUUGUGGCACCCACCGGGUGCUGUUGGCUGGCUCGAGGCACCGGCAGCAGUGACGAGAAAAGCCGUGAUGACAGAGCAAAGGAAAUCCUCAAACAACAGAGAAGAGAAAGGAAGAGGAGAGGGUUGGUCGGGAGCAGGGGAAUAAGGAAGGUGCCCUACACACACGCGCAUGCGCACAUGUGCAAACUAGCCAUUUAGUAAGAGAAACAAGUUGGAAUGAGGCUUAAUGAGCAAGUGUGUUAAGUUACUGGUUGGUUUUUGCUGUCUGUCUGGUAGCAGCAGCCAUCUCCCUAAGAUGCUUGCUUUGCUACCACUUUCACUGGCUUUUGGCCUGUUGGGAGCCCCAGGAGAGAAUUCCUGGUUAGAGGAUCCUCUGUGAACGGAUUCUCACGGGGCCGUAAAUGCACAAGAGAUAAACCAGCUCUGUUGGUCCCACAUGGGUGCCACUCAGGAAGUGAAAAAACCUGGUGGCGUAAAGAUCCAAAUAACCCCUCAGCUCCUACUGCUGGGUUGCUGAGGAUCCCACUUCCAGCAGAGCCCUCUCUGUCCUUCUCCGAGUCUGUAGAGGGCGCUCAUGUCACUGGAAUCCCACUUCCUGGCCUAGGGCAGGCAGAGGAGCAGGAGCCCUGAGUGCCUCAGAUCCUUUCGUCAGGGAAAGUCAGCAAUCUGCCCUUCGGCGAUCUCAGGACGCCUUUGGGGCAGGGAGUGAUAUUUCUCAAAGGGUGGUAUUUAGAUGAGCUCUUUAGUUCAGCUUGCACGCUUAGGCACUCGCGUGCUAGUGGAUUAGGAAGGGGCAGCACAGGUUAGAGUCCCUUCCUUGGGAGAAUGGUUCGUUUUUUGUCCUUCUUGCCUGGAGAACUUGUAUUUCAUGUUCUCCACGUCCCACUGUGCUGCCUCCAUUACCUGCCUUUGGUUUUACUGCCUUGUUUUCUACAUGCCAGGCACGUGGCCUUUCAGCCCUUCCCGAAGCUUUGCUGACCCGGCUGGUGUUCCCACGGCUCCUUCUCAGUUAUCUGUUAGCCCAUAUCACACUUGCCUUGUAGUUACUUAAGUCUCAUACCCCCACCGGCCUCUAAACCCCUACAGGGCAGAGACCUUGGGGCCUCAUCCAUCACUUCAGCCCUAGCUUCUAGCAUAGGACCUGGCGUGUGAGAGGCCUUCUCAGGUAAGAAAUGAAUUAAUCCACUUAAGUAACUGUUGGUGACUUAGACUUGCUUCUAAAAUGAGUAGAAGAGAGAGUGAUUCAAAGAAAUGAGUCACCUCAGUGAAUUCGUAGACUCUUUAUUAGAAGGCAGUAGAUUUUCUUGGGUAAGAGGUCCUGCCCUUGGCUUUGCCACCAUUUUCCUAGAACUAUAAUGUUUUGGUGUGUGUCCUACCACCCCCCCCUCCCCGUGAUACUGACUUCUUCAUUAUGUUACCUGGAGGCAGGUUCCAACCAUUAUUGCACACUUUUGACCAGGGGUUAGCAAACUACAACCCAUGUGCUAAAUCUGGCCCACCGCCUAUUGUUAAUAAAGUUUUAUUGGCACGCAGCCACACACAUUUGUUUAUAUAUUGAGUGUGACUGUUUUGUGCUACCAUGACUGAGUUGAGUAGUUAUGACAGAGACAGUAGAUCUACAAAACCUAAAAUAUUUACUUCCUGGCCUUUUACAAGAACAGUGUACUGACCCCUCUUUUAGAUGACCCGUUGCUGUCUGCCAGCCCACAGUCCUCGGUUAUGCAGGGAUUAUCUGAUGUGAAGCAGCAUGUUGAAGAAGGGGUACGUGCAUAAAGGGUUUGAAACACCUGGUUCCAGCACUUGCCAUUCGAGGAACAUUCAGCACAUUGUUGUGGUACUGUGAGAUCUCUUCUUCAUCUAUAAAACGGGCAUGGAAAAUGUCUGCCUCACAGGUGAUCCCGUGCCCUGCUUGUGAAAGCACUCUGUGGAUGUCCGAGCAGGCCCUCAGAGCAACCGUGGACAUUAUUGCUGCUGUUCUCUUUCUCAG